AUGGCUCGUGACAAGCUACAGAUGAUGGGCUUGGCAAAUCAGGAGAAAUUUUUAUCCGCGGAAGAACAUUACUCCAAUGCGUUGAAACUCACGGAAGAUCUGUACGGCUCAAAUAGCAAAGAAACCAUUCCAAUAUUGCAAGCGUUGUCUCAAAUCGAUGAGAAACGCAAAGGUGAAGAGCCGAUGAAGAAUGUGAUCCGCCUAAACGAACAAUUGAUGCAUAUUGCUGAAAACGAGUAUACCGACGGUCCGAAUUUGUGCAACUUGCUUCAACUAAUGCAGGUGGUUUAUCGUCUUAGUGAAGUCUAUUUAAAAACCGGUGAUUCCAAACUGGAAGAACGAACCUUGAAGCUUCUCGAAAAGGUUUUGAAAAUGCGACCACAAAGCACCAACAAGAUGGAACUGGUAACUGACGAAAGUUCACCUAUCCCCACCUCAGCCCGUUGUAAUGACGACCGUUUAAUGUCAGUUAGCCAGCAGUUGUUGCACUCGGAAUCCGCAAUUCGCAGAAAAUCCGAACAUAAUUCUAUUCAUUUGGAGCAGUUGCGAAAACAAUAUACGGAAACUAGUUGUUCUCUGCGCUCUUUACUUAUUCGUAUACAUUUAUCCAACAAACGUUACGAGUCCGGUCCAAAUGAAAUCAUUUAA